CGACCGCACGCCAGUCGGUCACGCUGCGCCGUCCGACAAACGCGUGUUUCGCCAUGAUUUUCCGCCGUUUUCGUCCAAUUGGCAGUCUCGUCGCGUACGACACCACCACGUCGUCGUAAAGUCGAAUAAUUAUAUAUUAUCAUCCGUACCGAUAAGUAUUACCACCGUCGUUGCCAGCAGUCCACGCGAAGGCGACGGCGUUUUUUUCUCCUUUUUGACCAGUAGGUAUAUACCUACUAUACCGUCUUACCUAACCCGACGGUCGCGACUUUUAAAGUUGAUUUUUUUUCCUCCGAUUUCGCGAUGUCUUUCUGACCGACGAGACGCAACUAUAUGAUACGACGGCCGGCUCCAAUGAAAUAAUCUAGACGACUGUCGUUAUUACUGACGAUAAAAAAAAAAUGUCCAGUCGUCAUGAGACGUUCACUGCGGAAUAUUGCACGGGUGAAACAGUCACACUGUACAGUCAACAACACCACACGAGAAUACAUCUCCAAACGCACGCCCAUCCAAAUAAUCACAUUCCAUUAAAUCAAAAAGGGGAACCAAUUAAAUUGCCAGAUAACUUGGAGAGUUUGCCACGUGCUGAGCAUUUCCCUGUUCAAAGACAUCGCUGGAACACUAACGAGGAAAUAGCGGCAAUAUUAAUCAAUUUUGAAAGACAUAGCGAAUGGCAGUCAAAAGAAGUAAAAAUAAGGCCCAAGAGUGGUUCAAUGUUAUUGUACAGCAGGAAGAAAGUGCGGUACAGGCGUGAUGGAUAUUGUUGGAAAAAAAGAAAAGACGGCAAGACUACUCGUGAAGACCACAUGAAGUUGAAAGUCCAAGGAACUGAGUGCAUUUAUGGGUGCUAUGUACAUUCAGCGAUACUUCCGACAUUUCACAGAAGAUGUUACUGGUUAUUACAAAAUCCUGAUAUGGUGUUGGUGCACUAUUUGAAUGUACCGUAUCCGGACGACAACAAAUUAUCGGUAAUUUCACCGAGCCUUGCGUUGUGGGCUGAUCGUAAAGAGUGGACAAAAGACGAAUUACUAUCUCAGUUGAAACCCAUGUUUUACGAGGAAGACCCUGACCUUAGCAACGAAAUGGAAGUAUCGACGGCCGAGUGCGUAGCGGCCAUGGUCACACAGCUUAUGGAGUGGCAGAAGAACGCCAGGGCGACGCUACUUAGCCGAACGCUGGAAUGCGGAUGUCCGGAUUCCACGUGCGCCGACGGACAAUCGUGCUCGCGCCCUAUCAGACGGAUUUCGCCGUCCGACAGCAAUCAGGUGUCGUCGACGACUGGAAAUCGAUCGCGCCCUGGUGCAAUGUUACUCACCAACCACCACGUUAACUCGUCCAGGACCACGAUGAACACAUUAAUGAUCGCUAAUCACGUCAAUCAUAAGCAGGCACAAAAUGGGCCAACCUCCUUGAAUACCACAAUGAGCAACAACUUGUUGUCAAAUCCCUCAAGGGAUUUUCGCAAUCAACCACAACAACAGCAACCCCAACAGCAACAAAUAAUUCUCAAGCACGAUUGCAGAGAUAAUAAUCAAAUAUUAAACAACAGACAACCACCGAUCAACGUCACGGACAAUAAUCACAUUCCCACUACAAUGAUAUCAUAUAAACCUCAAGGUUCAGACGAAGUGAUCCACGUAUAUACCGAAAAACAAACGUAUCAUACUUCACAAAAUCAAGAUGAGCACACUGUACACUUGUUCCAUGGACAAGAUCAUCUAAAACAACAGUCGGACCACGUGAAAUCGGAAUUCUAUGAUGUCACAUUAGAUUUAUCUCAUGACGACAUACAACAGACACUUUCAGCCAAUAUGCCUGCCUCGUGUGCCAAUGCUGAUCAAUUAUUACGAUUGGAUGACGAUCAUAGUAAUAAAAAUCUAGAUGGUACUGGAGACGAUGUAUUUGUGAGCCUCGAUGCAUUUGAUAUGCUUACUGACUUCCAAGAACUUGAUAUCCUAGAACAUGCAACGCAACAUGCUUCAAAUCUAGUUACGGAAAUUGGAACAAAUGCCGCGGAUAUUCAGCCACAUGGGCAAACACAAUUAGACAUGGACGUACUGCAAAUAACUGAUUACUGCCCCGAAUGGGCGUUUCCUGAGGGAGGUGUGAAGGUACUAAUCACCGGUCCUUGGUUUUCUUCCUCAUCGUACACUGUUAUGUUUGAUACGAUCGCUGUUCCGAGCACUUUAAUUCAAGGAGGUGUUUUACGAUGCUACUGUCCAGCUCAUGAUAUAGGCACCGUUACAUUGCAAGUGGUCAUUGAUGGAAGGCCAGUAUCAACCACCGCGAUAUUUGAAUACCGUCAACACGAAUUCCCACUAACCAUUUCCUCAUUAGCUAUGUCACAUACGCCGUCUCUUCUCAAGUUUCAUUUGCUACAAAAACUCGACUCCAUCGAAGAUUACUUACAACAACCGAACAAUCAACAAACAGACCAACCCUUAAAGGAUAGUAUCGUUAUGUUUAGCAAGCCCAACUUUGAAGAUCAGCUUGUAAAUUACUGUGAAAAAAUGAAACAGUUCUCUUGGAAGUCUGAAAGUGAAUGCAAUGUUAAGCAAUUAGAAACCGAAACCACUAUUUUACAUAUGGCCGCUUUUUUGGGAUAUUCUAAACUUGUGUGCAUACUACUCCAAUGGAAAUUAGAAAAUGUGUCACUGUUUUUGGAGAUGGAAGUCAAUGUUUCAAAACAAGAUCGUGAAGGAUAUACGCCGCUGAUGUGGGCUUGCAAAAAAGGACACAAAGAUACAGCAGUUUUACUGUGUCAGUGGUAUCAAACUGUUCAAAAUGCGAAUAAUAACUUUAAUCAAGAUUACUCUCAACCAGAUAUAUUAGAAUCCGUUAAUCAGUAUUUCAACGAUUUCAAUCAAAAUCAGUACUGCACCAAUGACAAUUUAAGUAACGAUGUAUUUUUAAGCCCCGAUGGAAUCAAUAGUGACGUUAAGAAAGAAAUUAAUCAAACGACCAACGAGCCAAAUCAUCCAAUAUCACCGACUAAUAAAACUGUUACUUUAUUAUGUUCAAAAGAGCAAACCAAACCAGAUAAAAACGAAAUAAAACCACAAGAAACUCAAGGUUCCAAAAGACCAUUACCGAAUAGCUUUUUCCAAUCGGAUGACUAUUAUGAUCAAUUUUGCAAACCAUCACUCUAUUUUCCAUCUAUUCAAAAGUUCCAAAAGAGUUUGUUUCUUCCACUACAAUCUCCUACAUCAGACAGCGGAAAUUCGUCCGAAAAAUCACCAGUAUUAACAAAGUCUGAUUUUAUAAUUUGCAUGGUAACCGCGCUGGCCGAUGGACCGGCGGACGGAGCCGUGGGUAGUGAGAACGAUGGCAAUGGUAACACGCGAUCCGACGAACGUCAGAACGAUGAACGAAUCGAAGACGCUGUUCAAACGCCCAAAGAUCCCGCUGAACACGGGGAACACGAUGUUCGUGUUUUGACAUUAGCUGAACAAUUCAUAGCGGCUAUGCCCGAUCAUAUUAAGAAUGAAAACGGAUCAUACGGUAAAAUUGUAGAAUCAUCAAUAAUUACAAUGGAAGUGCUUGACGAUCCUCCAUCAUCUGUGUCGUCGUGCUGUUUUGAUACCAACUCUGAAAUGAACACGGAAUUCAACGAACAUAUUGUUUAUCAUUAUCGGCAAAAAGAUCGAGAAAUAGAAACUCCCACGUCCAGCACCAGUUUAACCUUAAGUCCAGUGUCGAGUGCAUCACAAUGUUCGCCAGCAUCACCGCCACCGACUGCUGCAGAUCUAUGCGAAUUCCUCCAUGCUUCAUCAAACAGUCAAUAUUUCGAAAAGAAUUUUUCUAAUCUUACACUGUCCGAUUACGAACAACGGGAGUUAUAUGAGGCGGCCAAAACUAUUCAGAAGGCGUACAGGACGUACAAAAAAAGAGAAGAAGACAAAGAAAUUUCAGCUGCUUCGGUCAUUCAAAAUUAUUAUCGCCGCUACAAACAGUAUGCGUACUACAAGCAGAUGACAAAAGCUGCGAUUUUAAUUCAAAAUCAGUAUCGUACAUACAGAAGACAUAAACGGUUUAAGAAAGAAGCUCCUCGUUACACCAAUAACACGUUCACUGUCAUUAAAAAAAAUCAAAAUCAGAAACGCCAAAAUCAAGCAGCUCGAAAAAUUCAACAAUUUAUGAGACAAUCCAAGAAUGGUACGUCUCCUCCUGCCACUAUCAACGAACGCACUUUUGGAUCUCGUAAGCGAGAAGCUAACGGCAAUCACAAUAUGAAAUAUCCGCCGACAAAAGUGGCCCAAUACUCGACACUCAAUCACAACUGAUGUCUGACAUUGAGCCACCAUAUUAUAUUAUUAUUAUUAUUAUCUAAUUUAAUGUUAUUGCGUAAUUGUAAAAUAUGAUUUACCGUAGAGUCUUAGACUACAUCAGCUGUAGUAGUUAGUUUCUUAAUGUCAGCGUUUAGAUUGUUUAGUACCGACGUAGGUAUAACAGAUAUCUUCCAGACAGUUGUCGUGAAGACAACGCGAGUGACGGGACUCGUCGACGUGUUAAGACUUGUUUAAGCUGAAACAAACACGUACCAAUUUACUAUUAUUUUAGGUAUUGGUGUAUAGGUACCAUACUGAAUAGGCACAUUAAAGUUAUUAAAAAUGUACAUUAUGUUAAAGACGUCCGCGGUCGUUCGUUUUGGAACCAGUGUGGUUCGACCCCCGUAAUACGCAUACCUAGGUAUAUAAUGUUAUACCGCAGUCGUAUUUUCGGUACCCAUAUAAUAUUAUAAUACUAUACAUGCACAUAAUAUUAUUCUGUUUGCGUACACCGCCUUAUUCGAUGUACUUUAUCUUACCGUUUGUAAUAUUAUUGUGUUGUCAAAUAUUAUCAACCCGAUUUUAUUUUAAUUGUUCGACAUUUACGUCAUCAUAAUAUUGUAAUAUUUAUAUAUUAUUAUGUAGUUAUUUUUAUACACACACACACUGAUAUUUUAUGAACAUUUAACGAACUCGCGACGGAUACAAAAUAUAGACGUUUCACCGGGGGCAUAGAUGAUUAUUGUUAUUAUUAUUAUUGUAUAUUAUGAUAUUAUAUUAUGUAUUACUUACACAAAUGUACGUACAUUUGUCCAUAAUGUUGUCAAUCACUAUCAUGUAUACGAAAAUACAGGCUCAAAAAUACAUCAAACCGUAGCGAAUAGGCGUACGGGAACGGUACACAUUAUAUAGAAUUAUUGUAAUAUUAUUAUUGUUUGGUGUCCAACAACCAACUGCAGUGUAUGUACAUAGCGACGGACGGAUUUUUCCGUGUCAGCCAACGCCCAAUGACGAUAAUUAUCAUAUUGAGGUACAUUAUAGAGGUAGGGGGACCACGUGGUGCACGUACAGAUUUGGCUUUCGUUUUGAGAUAUUAAAAACCAUUAAGUUUUAGAGCGAUAUUGUGUUCGUCUUUUGUGGAAAUACAAAAUAUUGCCUACACUCUCGGCAACAACAACAAAAUCCAAAGGGUGUUUAAGUUUUUACUCGGAUGUUUACAACUUACAGUGAUCAACAUGUAGUUUUUCUCUUCAUAAUUUCUCUGUGUAUAUUGUGUUAUAGUACAUCGUAUGCGUAUUUCUUGUGUACUUUUUUUCGUUUAUGACUUAUCAUAUUAUUAAAUAAUUGUUAGCGCGUUCGCUACGAUAAUAAAUUUAAAAAUACUAUGAUACGAUGCAAUCAUAAUUCUUCCUAAACAUUUAUGAACACUAUUUUUCUUCAAAUUUGGUCAACACGCUGGAUUCGUUUGUUUAUUCAAAACAAUAAUAUUAAUGUCUUAUAGAACCGUUGUAUGUGCUGAUGAAUAUUGUUAGAGAAAAUUGUAUCGAAAUGAAUUGUCACUUUUUCAGUCUCGGACAAGAAACCGACAGUCUAAUUCGAGCAUAAGUUUUAGCAUAAAUACUAUUUUAACCGGAACGUAAUCGAAACUACUCAAUCACAACAAUCGAACUAUUGAAUGCCGUUCAUAACCACUAUAUUAAUAUUAUACUUACAAUAUUUCAGUCGUGAUUCCGUAAAAAAUUUUCUCUUUCACACUAAAAACUGUUCAGUGCCACCGAAUUUUAUCCUCGAGACUGUAUAGCAGGUGCCGUUAAGAAACCAGAUGAAUAAUAAUCGGCCCAAAUUGUUGAUGUACGUGUGAAAUAUAACGCUGCGUGACAUUUUAUAAUACGACAUUUGCGUUAUCUGGUGAUAAAAUGUCUAUUUUUGUUUUUUAUAACGAAAUUGUUUCUAUUAACAUCCUGGGAAUUGUGGAUUCAAUUGUUUGACGUGCAACGACGAAAAGCUAUAAAUGAUAACAAUAAUAUCGAUUACGUGAUUGGUCUACUGGUGGAAGGGUUACAUUCCUAUUGAGAAAAGUGCACCUUCUUUAAAACCCGAUUGAAUGCAGAUCCCAUAAAAAA